UUCUUAUAAUGACCUAUGGAAACAGUUGGUCCCUGCAUGCGUCGACAUUAUGUUGAUUCGUCGUUCGUGCCGUUUCAGGGCAGUAUGAGGAGAAGCUUACAGAGAAUGAGUGCACUGCUGGUGCUAUGCCUGCUCAUGCAGGAAUUUCACCUCAGCAUGCAGUGGCAAUUAAUGAGUGCAAACAUCAAGCCAGAGACGAGACGGCGCAGGCAUGCCGACAGCAACCUGAACGAGGUUCUGGGAGCCAGUGCUCUUGCGCUUGCGAGUCCAGCACGUGAGAAAAGAUCUGUCGCUGGGAUCGCUCGACUCACGACCUUCUUCAGGACCGUAGCACCGCUGGCAAAGUUCAUCGCGCCAGGAGUGAAGGCCAGCGCCUACAUCGUCGAGAUCGGGUUAUUCGCCAUACAUUUUGUACGCCUGGUGAGUGCAAGGGGCGGCGCGGUGCCGAAUUAGUCGUGGAUGAUUGUC